ACUGAAAGGAAUGGGGGCUGAUCAGUGUACCAUUUGUUGGAUACCACUUUCUUUUGUAACUGUAAUUAUGAUAAUUUCUUUACUGAAAAAUAUUUCAUACUUCUUAAAAGACAGGAAACAAAAAGGCAAAAAUUAUGAAGAUUAUAAUGAAUAUAAUCCAAGCAAUGGUGAAUUUCAUGCAGAAGCUUGUCCAGUUUAUGACAACCUUAAUCACUACCAUCAGGAUAUCCUAAAUGAAAGCUGCUAUGAGCAAAUGAAUGCCCAUUCCCCUAGAUCCACCUCUGAUAUACAGCAGACAGCUGAACGCCAAAUGUGUUAUGCUUCCCUUGAUCACAGUGUCAGAAGGAAACACAAAAUUCAUCCCCAAAAGAAAUAUCCUACAUUAGAAAUGGGCGAAGAUCAUCUUACCAGAAGCAACUCCACACUGUCUUGCAUUUAUCUCAACAGUGAACAACUCAGUGCUGAAAAUAAGUUGUCUGAAAAUACUCCUCAUGAUGGUUCAAUCAGAGUGUUUGGUUUAAACCACUGUGCAGAUGAUAGCACCUUUUAGUAACCAAAUAGCUUUCUCAGUAUAAACAUUCACUGAGAUAGCCAAUUGCCAGGUUAGAUAAACUAUUCUGUGAACAAAAUAAUCUGUGCCACCGAGUGCUACAGAGAGACAAUUCAUAUGGCUUCUUGAGACUUUUUAUUAAAUUUUGGCCACCAUGUGACAGGGUGCUUACAAGAGAGAAACUUGCUUGUUCUGUCCCCAUGCCAAUUUGGAGCUGGUUAUACCCUCCACCUGGGUCAUAUAUGAGUAGGAGCCAAAUUAGCCUACAUUAACUAGAGCACUAGAGCAUGCUAAACAGGCCCGAUUGUCAGGAACUUAAACAGUUACGUACUAUGAAGCAGUUUUAUUCCAUCAGAAGAUUAGAACCACCAACAACAAUUUUGCUAACUUCCUAAGGAAAACUUACUCAUUCAGCUCUGCUCAGUAUAAUUAUAAUUUACCACACUGCACAUGUAAUAACAUCAGGCAAUAUUUAAGGUUAAUUAGGGAAUGAUGUAUCAGCUUUGAUUCAUCUAAUUAACAGUUGUACAGCUAGCAAAUGUAAUGUUGGCAUGUAUUUAGUUUCCUGCUAGUUAAGAACUGCUAGAGUCAAUCCCAAUUACUCAAUGAGUAUGUAAUGUCUUGAGCAUCUGAAUUAAAUGGUCUGUAAAGAAAGUAGUAAAUGAGGUAUAAAAAUAAAUCUCCAAGGAAGAAUUUGAUAUUUUUCAUUGUAUUUAAGUGAUUGCUAUUGACUUUUACACCGUUUUAUAGUUUAUUCUAUAACAAGCGAUAUUCUUUAUUACUCCCCAGAUAUACCUGUUCAGUUCAGUCCAAAGCAUUGCGUUGUAAUAAAAACUGCCUUAACACAUUUGAAAUCCCAUGAUAUAGACAUGAAAUUUGAAUUAAGCACAUUUUAUCCUAUUGAAAUGAGUGGGUGACAUUUCAAAC